AUCUUGUCUUUCGCUAUCGACCAAUAGGACGAAUCGCGGCGCCCUGCAUGACCGUAUUUGCGCAGGUCUGAAGGGUCCGCAGUGCGUACUGCGUACUCCACAGGAGAAGAGUUCAGUACACAUACUUUCUUUUCGUAGUUCGAAGUAGUAUUACUAUUAUUUAUUAUAGACUAAGAUCAGAAUAUCUAUAUCACGCAAUCAUAAUAUUUAUAUGUAUUAGUUGUGACUGUGAAUCUGAAGAUAUCAAGGCAUAAGUAUACCGAAUAUGGAAAACUUUUUGGAGGAAGGAGGAUUGAUGCAUCUUAAAGAAUCUCUGGAGGAAAAUGGAAUAGAUUCAAUUGACCUAAUAACACAACUUGUACAGGAUAAAUCGUUCGAAGAGACAGUGCCUCGAUUGGGAGAUCGAUUGAAGAUAAAAAGGAAACUAUCCCUUUCUCAAAAGACUUGUUAUGAUGAGGUAACAGACCAAAUUUCUACGAAGAAAAUCAUAAUAGACGUUCCGGAUAUCCAUGCAACCCCAUCUGAAGUACAGUCGUUACGCAGUACUUCCUCGAUUGAUUUGGAUUUCACAUCUACACCGAUUGUGUUCAACAUUACACCUACACCUGUGUUGUCCAGUAUUAUAAUUGGAGAUAAUACAUUCCACUUGGAGCAAUUGUUGCAGAAUUCACUCAUGGGUAGGGCUAUUAUCGAACUCUAUAGAACGAACGGACAAUUAUCAAUAAAUUGUCAAUCUUAUUUGGUGGAGUUAAUCGUUCAACAUUUGAUAAACAUCCAACCUUUCAGGAGACUAACGAAUGAGGACUUUAGAAGACUAUCGAAACAUAUUGUCGAACUAUUUCCUGGUGAAUUACACCAAGUAUAUUUCACCUCUCCAAUAAAAAAAAGAAAUUCCAAAGAUAACAAAAGUGGGGUGGCGAGGGGCAAACUUGUUGACAAAUAUAGGAAUAGGCUGACAUUCCUAAGAAAAUCAGGAAUCAUUUCUGCUAAAUAUACAGAUAAAGAAGAGAUUAAUACACCUGAACCUAAUGAAAGAAAUCUUGAAGAUGAUGACUUCGAAGAAGAUUUGGUUUGGCUGAUACAUAACAGGGAACCCUGGGGAGAAGUGAUAAAUAAAUGGUCUCAGACCUUUGAAUAUAGGAAACAACUCAUCAGGCAGGAUAUAGAGUUUCAGGAGAUUUUACAGAAAUUUCCCAUUAUCAAAAAUCCCCUAGGAUACACUUUAAUUGACAUUGAUUUCAAAAGGACAUUCCAACCACAGUAUCAAUUAAUUUUUAAAAAAUUCGAGCCUAUCUUCCACAAGCUUUUGGAGUUGAAGAAGAAAAACUUGAAUCAUGGUGAUUUACUGAUUGUAGAUCUCAUUCAAUCGGAAAAAAUUAAUGUUGAAAGUCGUCAUUACUACAUGCUUACCUUAUUGGCUUCCCUUUUACCACAAAAAUCAUAUGGAAAGAAGGGCAACAUAUGGCACCCUACAAUAACGGACAGCGUGAAGGGUGUUAUAGUACAUAUUAAGAUUCCUGCUGAAAUCGAGGACACAAUUAAUAGCAAGAGGAAAUUUCUAUCCAAGUACAACCUUCCUCUACUUCCUUUUGUGAUUAUACAAGGGCCAUCCAUUUCAGAAAUUGAAAAUGUUUAUGUUGUCUACAAUGAUAUCAUUUAUCGUUGCGAUGGGGUACUGAAAGCAAUUGAUAUAUGUUUUCAGAUUAUACAUAUUUUCAACUUAAGAUACCCUUAUGAAAGCGAGAACAUAUGGAUGUUUAUUCAAAUAGGUAUGUACAACCUAAACACUCCUUAUGAUAAGAUACCCAAUAUUUUGGAUCUUGUCAACAAAUGUUCAUAGAAAUUCAAAGUUCUUCAAAUACUGGUUGCGUCAAUCUUUUAAUUUUAGCUCACUCGAUCAACUUUUGUUUUCAAUAAUGGUAUUAUGUAAAGAAUGUGGCAAGAAGCUUGCUGAUAAUAAUUCUUAUCUCAUUCACAUUUCAACAAUUCAUAGAUUUUUGAGUAACUUUUCAUGUGGCCAACAGGAUUGUCCAAGGAAGUUCAAUACUUUAUCAUCUUUGAAAAAACAUACACAAAAAUUUCACUCAGAGAAAAAU